AUACGAUUUGCUUGAUCGUUUCCCUUCGCCCGGAAGUAAGGUUGAGGCAUCUUGGCUUAGUUAAAUUCACUCUUGUCGAUUUGGUUGCGGCGAACCUUCGUAUCAUAUCCAUUGUCAGAGGUCUGGCCCAGAGGACCUCAGGUCUUUCUGUGACUACGUCUACCUGUUCACCUGCUCGCCUCAAAACUAUGACGGAGAAAUCAGCAGUGAGUGGCAACAAGCCCCUUCGUGGUGUGUACAGAUGCUCCAUCUGCUCUGUGGACACGGACAGGCUGGCCAUGCACCUCAAGCGGAAACAUGCGGACCUGGAUGCAGAUCAACGAGCUGAAUGCAGGAAAAGGGCGAGAGAAGAACGACCAAGGACACUGCAGCGAAGUCUGAGUCUUCUGGAUGAUGCACCUGGUGAAGAAAUAUCUAGCCAUUCUGAAGUGGCCGCCAAGAGGGCACUUGUUGUUCAAGAAUGGGGUUCGAAGGAGAAGGAAAGAGCUACCACUGGCCAGAAUCCCUUCUCCACUACUCCUCUCCCCGGCAGAGUGAUGCGUUCAAGGACGGUUACAAGCCAUUCAGAUUUUCAACCUGACAUCCACCAUGACGUCACCACAGGUCCUCUGUGCUCCUUCAACAAAUGGCUCACAUCUAUUGGAGGAAAGAUGCUGAGCAAGGCCACAGCUGACGCGUACACGAUGUGUGCGGCAAAGCUUCUGAUGUACCUGAAUCCCAAGGAUGUGGAUUUCAAGGAAUUCCUUAAUACGAACAAGGUGGGAGAGUACCUUGAUAAGAUGCGAAGUGUCAAGGGAACAGGUCCUGCAGGAAUGAAGGGGAGGCUGGAUGCAGCUAAAGCGGCCCUCGACUAUCUGGACAGCAUGGACGACGCAGAUGACAUCAUUGCCUUCUCAUUCCGUGUGAAGAAGGCCAAGGAAAGGUACGCAACCAUGUACAAGAGAUUCUCCAAAGAGCUGAGCAAGCAGAGGAGUCUGCAAGUGGAGGAGGAACAUAAUGUAACCGCCGGCACAUCAGACAUAGAGGCAAUUCUCACGGACGCAGCAGCAUUCGAGAGGGCAAACAGAAUAACAGAGAUAGCAGGGACAGACCCGUCGGCUUUGAAGGCGAUGGAUAUAGCAUUUAUCAUGAGACUCCUCCUGACAAGUCUGACGUUGGACAAUGCACAGCGUCCUGGCCCUGCGUGCAACAUGACACUCCGCGAGUUCACAGAGUCAGAAGGCAAAAGGAGUGAGUUCGCUGAAGAGCGCAGGGUGAUCAGUGUUAGGGAACACAAGACUGGACGCAUCGGGCCAGCGUACCUUGUUGUCAGGUCUAACCUGGAGAAAGCUAUCAAGUCCUGGAACGAGCACAUUCGACCAGAGCUCCUGAAGCGAACGAAGACUGAAUGUGAUCUGUUUCUGCUGACUGGUGCUGGUAAGAGAUUGGACAGUAACAAGGCGGCCGACCAAAUGAGAGCUUUCGGAAGGUCAAUUGGCCGGCAUGUACCCACAGCAACAAUGUCAAGGAAAAUCUCGUCUACUGCUGUUGCUGACAACCUGGAGGAGGAGGAAGCGCAUAAGGUGAACAGGUUCAUGUCACACACUCCAAGCGCUGCUGCCAAAUAUUACCAGAAUAUGGGCCGGAAACGUUCUGUGGAGGGCAACUACAAUCUGCUUCAGAAAGCCAGGAGCGCGAAGGAGUAACGUUAUUGCCCCCCAAAAUAGCCAUUAGUUUGUGUCUCGUGUCCGUACUAUCUUUGCCAACACCCGCUUCGAACGUGCUGGUUUCAUUCCUUCCAGAGUUUCUAUAACAUAGUAAAGAAUGGUAUGGAUGAUUUCUGCAGUAUGCAUUUGUUAUAACCCUUCCUCUUCUCAAUCUAUAUGUUAUAAUUUUGCAAAUAUAUUCCCAGUAAGCCAUGAACGGAGACCCCCUCGACCAAGGCCUCGGCCUUUGGGGAAUCCAUAAAUAAAAUUUAAAAAAAAUUGCCCUGAUGUUAUAACUAUACAAUUGCCCUGAGACAGCUUCCUGUCUGUAAUUGUUUUUCACUGUUUACCAUUAUUAUUUGCCAUGGCAACCGCCGUAACCCGUAACUGACAGGGCAGGAUUGGGCAUUAAAAAAAGUCCUCCCGAUGGUACUAGCAAGUACUAGUACUUUCGUUAGCAGUUAGUAUUUUGUCUUUUCCCUAUAUAUUCUCUUUACCAGGCGUGGGCCAUCCCCUGGAAUAUCAAAAUGGAUGCCUUAUUAUUAUUAUUUUUAGAAUUUCUGUUUCAAUGACUGUCCAUUGCACGUCUUAAAAAAGUACUUAGUUUUAAGAGUGUCUUAUUAGGCGGGUUACAGAACUGUCGUUCGCUGGCUUACUUGUAGUUUUGA